CGAACUGUGGCCACGAAAACAAAACGGGUCUUGUACAUAAUUUAUAUUUUCUCACAUCGCACAGCGUAAAUUGCAGAAAAAUAUUAUUUCUCAACAGUUCUUAACAAAUACUUCAUCUGAAAGUGUAUCGAAGAUGCUUAGAACUCGUAUGUUUUAACUUAAAGUGCUUAUAAGUGGUUCGUGAGUCGCAGCAAAAAAUCAAUUAUAAUUUGUGUGAAACUUGUAAUAUCCGAAGCGCAGUGCUGACAGCAUGGAAACGGAGUCUCUGAAUCGCAAAAACUCCUCGCGAAAGAGUUCGAUCGUGAACGGGAAUGGAGAUGCCUCCGCCAAGUUGACCAACGGAGAUGCAGAUGGCGGCGAUGGAGGCGGAGGUGGGGAGGUGACCCUGAAGGCCAAGAUGAGCCUGCUCAACGGGUGCACCGUCAUCGUGGGCUCCAUCAUCGGAUCGGGCAUCUUCGUGUCGCCCACGGGAGUGCUGAUGUACACGGGCAGCGUUAACCUGGCCCUCAUCGUUUGGGUCAUUUCCGGACUCUUCUCGAUGGUGGGUGCCUAUUGCUAUGCGGAGCUGGGAACAAUGAUCACCAAGUCGGGAGCUGACUACGCUUAUAUCAUGGAGACCUUCGGCCCCUUUAUGGCCUUCAUCCGUCUCUGGAUCGAGUGCAUGAUCGUGCGACCCUGUUCGCAGGCCAUCGUGGCCCUCACCUUCAGCACCUACGUCCUGAAGCCAUUUUUCCCGGAGUGUUCUCCUCCAGAGGACUCGGCCCGCCUCCUCGCCGUCUGCUGCAUACUUGUGCUAACCCUAAUCAACUGCUGGGAUGUGAAAUGGGCCACUGCUGUGCAGGAUAUCUUUACGUAUGCGAAACUGCUGGCCCUGUUUAUCAUCAUUGCCACUGGCGUUUACCAACUAUAUCUCGGCAAUACGCAAUACUUUACGUUUGAGAACACGGACACAAAAGUCACCUCCAUCGCUUUGUCCUUUUACUCGGGACUCUUUGCCUACAAUGGAUGGAAUUACUUGAACUUCAUCAUUGAGGAGCUGAAGGAUCCCGUCAAGAAUCUGCCCCGCGCCAUUGCCAUCAGUUGCACCCUGGUGACCAUUGUCUAUGUGAUGGCGAAUGUCUCCUUCUAUACCAUCCUGUCACCGGAUGAGGUCAUGGGUUCCUCAGCCGUGGCGGUGACCUAUGCGGAGCGGGCCUUUGGCAUGCUGGCCUGGACCAUCCCAGUUUUUGUGGCCCUUUCCACCUUUGGAGCAGUGAAUGGUAUUCUGCUGACCUCCUCCCGACUCUUCUAUGCCGGAGCCAACAACGGACAGAUGCCCGAGAUCCUCACCAUGAUCCAGAUCCAGAGAUUCACCCCCACUCCCGCCGUUUUGGCCAUGGCCCUGCUGUCUAUGCUGUACCUCACCGUAUCGGACAUCUUCGCCCUGAUUAACUACGUGGGCUUUGCCACUUGGUUGAGUAUUGGCGUGGCUGUUUUGUGCCUGCCCUGGCUGAGAUGGGCCCAACCCAAUCUGCCGCGACCUAUCCGAGUGCCCAUGGUGUUCCCCAUUGUCUAUCUAAUCGCCACCAUGUUCGUGACCGUGGUGCCCAUGUACGCCAGUCCCAUAGAGACCGGAUAUGGCAUCCUGAUGAUCCUGUCCAGCAUACCUGUCUAUCUGGUGUUCAUCGCCUGGAAGAACAAGCCUAUCUGGUUCCAGAAGACCAUGGUAAGCUCACACGAUUCCUACAAAAAAUGCUCAUGGUACUCGGAAAGCAGACGAAACCAGCUCAGGUGUAAAAAGUAAGGAACGUUCUUCGGGAAAACAGCAGAGAUUAGUUUUCAAGUUAGCCAAGAGCAGAGAAAAGCAUUUAAAGCACACAUUUGAUUGCAUGAUGCAUUAUAUAGACAACGUAAACGCUUUUGUGUAGCCAACCAAUGAUAUACAUACAAAAACACACAAAAAUUUCUGCCAGCUUCUGGGCGACAAUACAAUAUAUACUAUAUAUAUUUUUAUAUACACAUGUAAGUCUUAAGUUGAAACUGAAGCAUGGCCCAGUGUCCAGUAGGUUUACGAAGUAAGUCCAAAUUAAAGUUCAGCUUUGGUUCCGAACUUUAUGGAAAGACUGUGGAACAAAAAGGAUAUACAAGGAAUAUUAGGUGUCCAGAGCUGAACUUCAAUUGGGUCUUUCGAAUUUGGCAUUUUUAAGAGAGCUGUGCAAGCAGAACGAGUCUUUUACGAUUUUCGAGUAUUCUCAAAAAGGUAAAGCCCCCACAAAAAGCUUUUGUUUAAUAAUUCAUGUCGAAACUAGUUUUUUAAAACAUUUAGGAACCAUGCUCUAGGCUUGGCUUUGAAGUAGAAGAGCUAGAAGAACGCUUGAACAUACUCAACAGAAGGAUCUACAGAGUUAAUUCUAAUACCUAUCAAUCAUGAACAUUUAGAGCACAUUUGAUUACUUUUCAUUGAUUUAAGAGUCUAGCUUAAGUGGCACUGCAAUUUUAUUUCAUUUACUUAAGUUUAAAACUACCUUUAGGUUGCUCAGUUUAGGUUUCAUUUGUGCAUCGUAGGGAGUGAUACAUGUACAAAUCCUGGUCGAAUCUACAAAAUACAAAAACCAUCGCCCAAUGCACAUAUCCAACAAGAGAAAUGAUUUAAAGUUGUUAACGAGAACAGGAACAUUGCCAACAUACAUAUUAAAUAUAUCGAGAAUAACACUAUAUGCAAAUUGUUGUCUAAUUACGAAAACCAAUCCUAUCGAAUCGAAUGUAUGUAGCAUUGAUUUAAACAUUCAUUAGUUGUUGUUGCUUUGAGUGUUCGGCACUAAGUGUUAUUCAUAUAAAAAUAUUAUUGCCUAUUCAGCAUUCAACUCUUUAACUGUUACACACAUACAAAAUAUGGAGCCGCAGCUGGGGAAUCUGUUUAACUACUAUGAAACAUAUUGUUGACAAUAAUAAUGUAUUUAUAUAUAAAUGUAUAUUAUAUUAAAUGUAUACCCCUU